GCGGUUGUUUUGGUCCCGCGGAGGCUCGUUUCUUCCCGCAGAUCUGGCGCCCUCAGCUCAGCGCAGAGAACCAGGACAUGGCGGAACCGUCUUUGUUAAAACCCUUCGGUCUGUGGUUAAAUCCGCCCGCGGAGCUGCUCCUUUCCCCGGCGUGAGGAGCCCGAGGGCCCGGUGUGUGGAGCCCCUGGUCCCGCUGAGAGCUGCCCGCGGUCCCGGUCUGAGGUCCCGGUGUGUGGAGCCCGCGGUCCCGGUGUGUGGAGCCCGCGGUCCCGGUGUCAGGUCCCGGUGUGUGGAGGUUCGGGGAGCGGAGUCAUGAUCUACCUGCUGGUUCUGUCCGCCUUCUCCGGGGCCGUGCUCACGUUGCUCCUGCAGUUCUUGCUCCUGUACCGGCGCAGCCCCGAACCCGUGGCCCGGGCGCUGCAGUACGGGAAGGUAGAACCGGACACGGCGCUCCGGGAUUACUUCAGCAGCCAACAGCCGCCGCAGCAUGACCCGGAGGACAGCCCCGCGUCCGCCGCCUCCUCCGCCGGCUCCAGAGCGCAGGACCCGGCUCCCAAAGGCCCGGGGGACGCGGCGGGGACCGGGCACAAGCCGCAGCCGAACACCGAACCUCCGGACCGGGCCGAGACCUGCAACUUCCUCAACGCGAUUUUCCUCUUUCUGUUCCGGGAGCUCCGGGACACCCCCGUGAUCCGGCACUGGCUCACCAAGAAGAUCAAGGUGGAGUUUGAGGAGCUGCUUCAGACUAAAACCGCCGGUCGUCUCCUCGAGGGUUUGAGUCUUCGGGACAUUUCUCUGGGAAACUCGGUCCCGGUUUUUAAAUCGGCCAAACUCAUGAAACCUGUGAACACCAACGAGGAGGGCAUGCCCGAGGAACUCAACUUCGAGGUCGACCUGGAGUACAGCGGCGGCUUCCACCUGGCCAUCGACGUGGACCUGGUGUUCGGGAAGUCGGCGUACCUGUUCGUGAAGAUGCGUCGCGUGAUUGGUCGGCUCCGGCUGCAGUUCACGCGGAUCCCGUUCACUCAUUGGUCGUUCUCGUUCCUGGACGAUCCGCUCGUCGACUUCGAGGUCAAGUCUCAGUUUGAAGGACGACCUCUGCCCCAACUCACGUCCAUCAUCGUCACGCAGCUCAAGAGGGUCAUCAAGAGGAAGCACACGCUGCCCAACUACAAGAUCAGGUUUAAGCCGUUCUUCCCGUUCCAGGUUCCGUCUCCGCUCGGCUCCUGUGACGUGGAUCUGACCGUGUCCGACGCUCGACUGGUGGAAGGACGACUCCGGGUCAGCCUCAUCGAGUGCAGCAGGUUGUUCAUUCUGGGCUCGUACGAUCGUGAGACGUACGUUCACUGCACAGUGGAGCUGAGCGGGACGCAGUGGAAAGAGAAGACCAGAUCCUCCAUCAAACAGACGGAGGUGGUGAAGGGCGCGUGCGGCAGCGUGGGGAUGACCUUCAGACACGUCCCGGCCACAGACGGCGACAUGGUUCACGUGAGCAUCGAGACGGUGACGCCAAACUCUCCGGCCGCGCUCGCCGACCUGCAGCGAGGAGACCGCCUCAUCGCCAUCGGAGGAGUUAAAGUCACGUCAUCGGUGCAGGUUCCGAAGCUCCUGAAACAGGCCGGAGAUCGGGUCAUCGUCCUGUACGAGCGACCGGUGCGACACCAAAACGCGCCCCUCGGAAACAUGGGAACGCUGACGGAAAACUAUGCACAUUUAGAGGACCCCGGCUUCAUCCCACCGCCGUCUGGUUACGAGGAGGACCCCGCGCCCAUCACCACACUCUCCGACAUCUCCGACGUUAAAGACAUGGACUCAGAGUUCGAGGAGCUGAUCGUCGACGCUAAACCGACGUCUCAAACUGGAAACGCGACUGCAGAAUCUAAGGAUGACUCUUUGCUGACCGUUAACCAAAGCCCCAAACGUAGCGUCGCGACUUUAGCGUCAAAACCUCUCGGGACGAUUUCUCCCAUUUUGAACCGGAAGCUGAACUUAGUCGGACUCCAGUCGCCGCUCAAACUGCAGCCGAAAGAAUCUCCGAAACCGUCUCCACAUAAAACGAACGCCGAUUCAAGUUCGGAAACCGCGCACCGUCCGAGUGUCCCCCCUCCGCCCGUCCCCGCGCGCCCUCCUGUCCCGCCGCGCCCGCAGAUCCGACUCACCUCCGCGUCGUCGGAAACCAGCCUCAUUGAGAACACGGACGCCAACGCGACGGCGACGCUGACCACCUCCACCUCCAGCUCCACGCUCAGCUCUUUGGAGCGCUCCCCGGAGAAAGCGCCGUUCAGCGGAGCCGGCGACAUGCAGGCGGAAAAAAGCGGCUCGAAACAAGGAGACGCUAAGAUAACGAGCGAGGAGUUGGCGUCAGCGGCGGCGAACAGCAAAGCGGAGCAAGCGAAGGAGAAGAUGUCCGAAGGUUCCUGUAGCACGAGGGACAGUUUAGACGAUCACACGCUUUGGGAAUCAGUCGAAACUUUGUACAAAAACCAAUCAGGAUGCUGGCCAAAAGCUAACGUCGUUUUCGAUGUCGAAGCGAAUCACAAGUUUCUAAACGUCGCGCUGUGGUGCAAAGAUCCGUUUAAACUCGGCAGCCUGCUGUGUCUGGGUCACGUUAGUUUACAGCUGGAGCACAUCGCGUUUGAAUGUAUGGCCACGUCGUCGUCCGAGUACCAGAGCACGUUCAGGUUAGGUCCUCCAGAGCCGCGCGCCAACGUGAGCCGGACGGCGCUACGAAGUCUGAGCUCGCACAAGGGAUUCAACGAGAAGUUAUGCUACGGCGACGUCACACUCAACUUCUGCUACUUAUCCGAAGGCGAAGCGGAUUUCCCCGUUGCCGCGUCGAUGGAGCGAGAGCGCGAAGGAAGUAUCCACGAAGAAGAGCUGAGGGAGCGAGAGAAGGAGGCGCUGACGCAAACGGUAACGCAGAGAGACGAGCUGGCGUACGGCGCGAUGCAGCUGGUCGAGGUACGCCACAACUUUCAAGACACGCAGUUCCAAAACCCGACGUGGUGCGAGUACUGCAAGAAGAAGGUGUGGACGAAGGCGGCGUCUCAGUGCAUGGUCUGCGCCUACGUCUGCCACAAGAAAUGCCAGGACAAGUGCCUCGCCGAGAACCCGUUUUGCGUCGCGGCGACGGAGCGGAAGGGCGCCGACCCCGAAGCGAAGUCCACCAUAAACCGCGCCACGACGGGGCUGACGCGACACAUCAUCAACACGAGCUCGCGCCUCCUCAACCUGCGCCAGGUGCCCAAGACGCGGCUGGUGGAGCAGGUCGUCGACGCCGCACCCGAACCCUCGCCAAAACAAACGCCAAACACGUCCGACAACGAGAGCAGCGACACGGAGACGUACACCAGCGGCGCCAGUCCCUCCAAGCAACCGCACGGCGCAGGGGGCGGGGCCAAGCUGGUGCGCAAAGACGGCGGGUUGGACGACAGCGUGUUCAUCGCCGUGAAGGAGAUCGGGCGCGAUUUGUACCGAGGUUUACCGACGGACGAGCGGUCGCAGAAACUGGAGCUGAUGUUGGACAAACUUCAGCAGGAGAUCGACCAGGAGCUGGAGCACAACAACAGUCUGCUGAUGGAGGAGCGCGAGGCGGCGGACGCGCGACGCAAAGCUCUGAUCGCCGGCGCUCUGGCCAAGUCCGGCGAGCGGCUGCAGGCGCUGACGCUGCUCAUGAUCCACUACCGCGCCGGCAUCGAGGACUUGGAGUCGGUGGAGAGCACGUCGCCCAACGAAAACCCGGCGUUUAAAGGGAAGGGCCUGGAGGAGGAGGGGCUGAUGGGGGCGGAGGUGUACGACAGCGACACCUGCAGCCCGAUGGAGGUACAGCUGCUGGACGACGGCAUCAGCGAGGAGCAGAUCUGCGUGGAGGCGCUGCACUGACGCCCACACGCAGGAAGAAAGACAAAGAAGAGGAGGAGGAGUUAAAAUGUCGAGCCACUUCAGCACGAGACCGAAGCCGAACCACAUCCACAUCACGAAAUCUGCAGAAUAUUUUUUGUAAUUUAGUCAGUUUUUAUGAGCAUGGUUUUGUUUCGGGACAAAAACUACACAAAACAGUGAUUAAAUAUGGCCUCAAAAACAAACUAAACCAGAUUAGAACCAGGACUGGACCAGGGUUUAACCCACAGACGGAGUUAUCGUUCCAAACAGGAAGUGAGCGUGAGGGGGGGAGUCGCUUGUGGUUUAAAUUCAAGCUUUGGUUACGAAGACUCAUUAGAGAUGUAACGAUAUCCAAAUCUCUCGAUACGAUAUUCUCACGGUACGAUAUUUACUCAGAUAAAAAUAAUAAUAAUACAACACUGUGAGUUGCUGCUUUUCUCUCGUCAUCCAAAAAAUGAAAAAAAGUGCAUCAUAACAGAUAUUUGAGUUUGUAGUUUGGACCGAACCAGAGCAAAGGAUCAUGGUCUGUGUAGUUCUCACUGUUUUUUAGCCGUUGCUGCACCAAAAUGGGAAUCAGCUGGAAAGUCCCUCAGGCUGGAAAGUCCCUCUGAUUCGUCCCCUUUAUAAGUUAAUCUAUACACUGUACAUAUACAUUUUAAAAACUACAUUUUUUCAUGAUAUAUAUAUUUUAUUAAUUACUCAGGCAAGUUAGAAUAAAUCUCAACACAUUUGUUCAGACAAACAAACAAAACAUGCAGUAAAUAUUGUGUUAAAUGACUCCAGAGGAACAGUCGACAGGUGAGGGACGUCUGCCUUCUCAAUAAAUGUGUCACAUAUUUCAGUGAAAUCCACAGAUCAGAGCUUCUAAAAAUGAUUCUGAAUUAUUUUUGGACAAAUUCUGUAGUUUUAUAAGUUUCUUGUGUCGCGCUGUUUACAAAUGAUGUUCAUGACAGGAAAGGAAAUAAUUCAGAUUUCUUCCCAAAUCCACAGUUACAGACGCAGCAGGACAUGAGGAACAAGAAACUUGAUUUAAAAUAUGAUUUCAGAGUAAAUGUCUGUGAUUAUUUUGAUGUUACAGAGUGAAAAAAUGUGUUUCAGGAAAAUCAGUAAAAUGACACAAACGAGACCCGACGUUUAGUCUGGAACAUUUGAUUUUAUUCUGAUAUAGAAGCAGAUUUUCUAACUCGAUACAUCAGAUUGAAGCGGUGAGAAGUGACGCACCUGGAGGCAGGAAGGGGACGUUCGAGCCGGGACUUUCACACCAGGGGGACGUUUGAGCCAGAAUUCAAACAGAAGAAUUUAAGCAAAGAGACUUGAGAUUCGACUUGUUGUGACGGGCUAAGAUAUUAUUGUGAGACUUUUAACGAUACGAUAUCACGAUACUUCGAUUAUUGUUUCAUCACUCGCUCCACGUGUUUAGAGAGUUUACGAUAAAAAACCGUCUGCGUUAGAACAAUAUUCACUUUAUUCUACACGUCCCGUCUGUGUCGUCUCUGAUUGGCUGUCGGACGUGGUGAUGUCGUCUGUCGCCGGGCGGAGUUCGUCUUUUGCUGAAGUGGCUCCAGUUUUUUUAAUUUUCGUUUUUCCCGAGGGACGUGGCCCUUUGUUCUGCUGCACGUUUGUCUGACGGCUGUUUUAUUGUGGCUUCAAAACAAACAAAGAAAAUAAAAAAUCAAAAGAAUCAAAUCUACAAGUGGCUGCUAUGCUAUGCUAACGUGGCUAACGUGGCUAACGUCCUCUGCGGCAUCAAACGACUGGAAAAAAACAAAAAAAUGAAACUUUAUCUGAAAAAAACAUAUCGUCCAUUUUCUGCACUUUUUACGACGUUUGGACGUUUUGGAGUUUGGGGACGUUCAGAUUUAUUUACAAAGUUUAAAUGUUUAUUAAAGUUUGUGGUGAUUUUCCGUUUGUGGCUCGAUGUCGGACACAAAAAUAAAAACACUGAAGGUCGAUUUAGCGCCAACUACAGGAAGAGACGAGAAACUCUGAAUGUAUCGAGUCUAAACCGGGACUAAAACAGGACUAAACCAGGACUAAACCAGGACUAAACCAGGACUAAACCAGGACUAAACCAGGACUAAACCAGGUCUAAACCAGGACUAAACCAGGACUAAACCUGGACUAAACCUGGACUAAACUGCAGUGUUGAAAUUGCGCUGCGUAAAACAUGUUUAAUGCUGCACUGUGGAAUAUUCUAGACUUCAGUUCCGUUGAAAAACCGUUAAACUGUCCGACCUCGGCCGCUCUUUUCACUUUUUCACUUUUUCUCGUCUGGUUUGUUGUUUUUUGUUUUUCUUAAGUGAAAAUUUGAGUUCAAGUUGAAACGACCUCGACACUUUUCUGUUUUUAAAUGUUUUUGUUUUUAUGAUUUUUGCCAAGUUUAUUUUGAAGUUUUCGAUUUGGCUCAAGUUUGUGGUUCUGAGCAAAAAGGAAGGACCAGACCAGGACUAGACCAGGACCAGA